UGAACGUGUCCAGGGGCGGACUAGCAACUCAUGGGGUCCCCGGGCAAUAGGGGAUCAUGGGGCCCCUGUGUCCUUGUCCACACUCAAACCACACCCAAAAAAGCCUAUGAUAGGUACCAAGGGCAUCUCAUGGGGCCCCCUACUGACCCAGGGCCCUUGGGCAUAGCCCGAGUGCUGGAAUGGUCAGUCCGCCCCUGGACGUGUCUGGGUUUGGCACCACCAGGGGCGGACUGACCAUUUGGAAACUCGGGCACUGCCCGAGGGCCCGGGGUCAGUAGGGGGCCCAUGAGAUGCCCCUGGUACCUUUUUCAUAGGCUUUUUUGAGUUUGGGCAAGGACACAGGGGCCUCAUGAUCCCCUAUUGCCCGAGGGCCCCAU